UACACCUCUGAGCGACAAAAUAGUGCAGCAUUACAGCUUUAAAUAGCUGGGUGACUCCCUCCUCAUCAGGUACACUUAAAAAACACUCUCAACACACUUCCUCUCUCAGUUGUAACCAGCACAUGGAAAUGGAGGACCAAAUGGAAAGCCAGAAGAGAAGAGGAAUGAGCAAAGAUGAAUUAAUAUCUGAACGGACAGGGUCUUUGGGAUGCGUUGGUUGGUUCCUAGUCAUACUCUCCGGCAUCUUCACAGCUCUUCUCUUCCCCAUCACCAUCUGGUUUUGUCUGAAGAUUGUUCAGGAGUAUGAGCGUGCAGUUAUCUUCAGACUGGGCCGCAUUACAGACAGGAAGGCUAAAGGACCAGGAAUUUUCUUUGUUAUGCCGUGUACCGAUUCCUUUGUGAAAGUGGAUCUGCGAACAGUUUCUUUUGACAUCCCACCUCAAGAGAUCCUGACUAAAGACUCAGUUACAGUUUCUGUGGACGGAGUGGUGUACUUCAGGGUCAGUGACCCCAUUGCCUCUGUGGCCAACGUGUCUAAUGCUGACUCUUCCACCCGCCUGCUGGCUCAAACCACCCUGAGAAAUGUUCUUGGGACUAAGAACCUGGCUGAGCUUUUAUCUGACCGUGAGGGCAUCGCCCACAACAUGCAGUCCAACCUGGAUGACGCGACAGACAACUGGGGCAUCAAAGUGGAGCGUGUGGAGAUUAAAGAUGUGAAGCUGCCACAUCAGCUGCAGAGAGCCAUGGCUGCCGAAGCAGAGGCUACACGAGAGGCCAGAGCCAAGGUGAUUGCAGCAGAGGGUGAGAUGAAUGCAUCUCGUGCCCUGAAGGAGGCGUCCCUCGUGAUCGCAGAGUCUCCGUCAGGCCUGCAGCUUCGCUACCUGCAGACUCUCAGCACCAUAGCAGCAGAGAAGAACUCCACCAUCAUUUUCCCCCUGCCCAUGGAUAUCAUAUCUCACUUCAUGAAGAAGUGAUAUCUCAGUUUGCUCAUCCUUUAAAGUCACUGCUAUAUUAAACAUACAUUUGAUGGGAUCAGGAUACAAUAU